UUUAAACUUUGACUUUCUUUACCGACUCACGGGAGAAACCGCGAGGACUCUCACCGGGAAAAAGAAAAAUCUCUCUUGCUCCGUCACGCUCUCACCUUUUCUUAUUAAUAAUAAUAAUAAUAAUAAUUAAUUUCACUUCAAUGAAUAUCUGUUUGCUGUAUAUUUCUCCCUGAACGACAACAGUAACCAAAACCUCUAUUCUUGAAGCAAAGAUUCAGCAUCAGCAUGGGCUGCGCUGGAUCCUCGCAGAGCAAAGCCGACGGGGCAGUGAAAAAGAUUCGAAAGCCAAAGCCAUGGAAACAUCCUCAGCCAAUAACGAAGUCUCAGUUGAUGCAGCUGCGCGAUGAGUUUUGGGACACUGCACCUCAUUAUGGUGGCCGGAAAGAGAUUUGGGAUGCACUUCGAGCUGCUGCCGAAGCUGAUCUAACUCUUGCUCAAGCUAUUGUUGACAGUGCGGGGGUCAUCAUUCAAAAUGCUGAUAUGACAAUCUGCUAUGAUGAAAGAGGUGCAAAAUAUGAACUACCCAAGUAUGUUUUGAGUGAACCAACAAACUUAAUCCAGGAAGGUUAAAAUAGGGAGAUAGCUUGUAUCUUACUUGUGCAAGAUUUGAUUGUAUACCAUGUAUAUCGAUCUCUCAAAUCUCCAUAUUUUCUCUCCUAAAAUCAUGGUCUUACCUGUUCGUUUGUUCUCAGUUGGACUUCUUUCAAAUCUCUUGUUAAGUUUCUCUGCAUAACUGAUAAGAGCACAUCUGUUUGGACUUUGUACAAAUGGAGCGAACCAGUUCUAA